AUUGGCAAUUGCCUAAGACUAAGGAGUAUAUACAUUAUCUAAUGGUGUUGGUGGUUUGGGUUUAAUAUUUCAAACUAAUUAUACACAACUGACUUAUACAGGUUCUAUUAAACUACGUUUGGAACUCAUAUAAUACCUAAUUUGCGUUUAGUGCAUCGAUGCUGGUAACACAUGUACACCUCUCAAAAUAUUAGUUCAUCUGGAGAAAGUUACAAAUUAGACCCCCUUCUACAUUGUGGGCAGGUGGAAAUUUUUUUGAUUGAUUAAGGGCCUUCAGCCAUCUUUGUCUGCGUUUGCAUUUACUCUCGUCAUUCUCCUGCCAUUAAAAUGUUAGGUUGAGUUUCUUACCACUUACAACCAGAUUGUUCAAAUAGUUGUUAUUUGUGAUUUUGAUAAUCCAAUUUAAUUAUCAUUUUAAGCAAGGGGAAGUGGUGGUGAAUGAGUUUGAACUUCCUUCAAUACAAGACCUGGCUGGAUAAACUCUCCUUCCCUUUUGCUUUUUCUCACCAUUAGCCCUUGUUUUUCUGAUACAUGCUGCUCGAUUUCUCUAAUUCUCCUCAGGAAGAACUACGAAGCAGUAUUAUAUCAAUGGUGCAGCAAUCGGCUGCACUUAAUCGCCCCGGUGUUGAAACUUUGAAACCGCGGCAGCUUUCUGAUGCUAUACACCAAGAGAUUGGGGACAAAGUGAUGAGCCAAAUUUCCGAUGGUGUCUGGAAUGUUAUCAGAUCUGCUGAUGGCAUGAAAAACGAGAUAACAGAAACCGUACAAUCAGUUUACGACAAAUUAUCAAAUCCUAGUUUGAAAGACAACGGUGAAUCAUCCUCUCACAGAGAUUCACAUUCAGCUCGAAACGAACGUGAGAAUCAUGGUGAGGUUGCUGAAGCUAUUGGAAAAAAUGGCGUCUUAUCAGAUGGAGAGCCAAACGAGCCACCGGGAUUUGGUUCGACUGAUGUCAACCAGAGAAAUAUGAACAGCCAAAAGAACCAACCAGACAAUAACAGUUUGUCUGCCUCAGAAAAACACAAUGGAGACAGUUUGCACGUGGAGAAUUUGUCAGAGGCUGAGAAUAUGGACUGUGAUGCCCCGCCUGGUUUUCCUUCUAUAAUCAAGCAUGAGACCUCAGGAGAUGCCGGUGAUGAAGAUCCUGAUGUGCCACCUGGAUUUGGUUGACCAGGUCAAAGUUUUGGGGUUGUGGGGCUUCAUCAUACUUUAAAAUUAUAGGACAAGUAGUUAAUUGACUCGGUGACUGGGUAAUUUUUGAAGCUAGAUGCUUGGAAAGUCAUGAUAAUUAGAUCGGUUUCUUUAUCUACCGUAAUCUAAGGCUGAAGGGGAUUUUUGUUGUGGAAGGCUAGAUCAUUUAGAAUUGAGAUUGGGAAACUGCUUUUGUCCAAUUUAGAGGGUUAGUAGACUCAUGAUUCUUUUAUUUGAAAUGUUUGCUCUGCGGAAUUGUCAAGUAGUCUCUAUCGACUGGGACCAAUGCAGUCUAUUUUGCAUAGGUCUGUUCAUUUUGUUCUACUGUGUUUCCGUGGGCUUGAGAAAGCAGUGUUUAGUUGAUUUGAUUGCCGUAUAUUUGUUUAAUACUAAAUUUUAAAUUUUUGUGUGCAUAUAUGCACAUGCGGAUAGGCUGCUAGCCUGCUCUAUAUCUUUUUGUAGUUCAUUGUAUAUCAAGCUAAUCGCUUUCAUAAGCAUUCAUGAGGGCACUGAAGAGUGAGGUUAUUUGGCCAUUGUUUUUGAGAUCUUUUGAUUGUUGCUGCAAAGCUGUGUAAAGAACACAGAGUUGUGUGCUUGGAAGUAGAUUGAAUUUCACUCGUUCGUAUUAAGAUGAUAUCACCAUCAUUAUUAUAUGAGAUAUACCAUUGAACUAUCUCCUUGGAUCAAAGAAUACGAUGUAGUGAUAGUUUUUUAUUUUGUCGAAAUUUGUGAGAAAGAAGUUAUGGUAAGAGGGUUAUUAUCUUCCGUUUUCAUACAUUUGCCUAUGAAGCGUCUUAAGUAUUGUUAGGCAACCAACCAUACCUCUUCAACAGAUU